AGUUGUCAUCUUAAAUAUAAACAGUCGUGGAGUGGACGGCGGAGUCACAGGCAGGUCGCGCGCGCGCCGGUCACUUCCUACCGAUACAGCCUCCAACCACACCACAACCACAUCGGAAAUAAACACUUCAUACAAAAUAAAAUACAUUCAAUGCACCAACCAAUUGAAUGUUACUCGAAACUAUAAAUGUUACAUACAAAAAUUCGAAAGUGUAACAAAAAAAUAAUUAAAUAAAUUGUACUGUAACAAUAUAAGCGAAUACUGUACGAAGUUCGAAAGUGAAACGAGUGAUUAAUUAUUUAUUUAUUAAAUUGUGACAGUGACAAUGGCCGAUAGUAAUGAAGCAGAAACUACUCCCUCCAAGCCGGAAAAUUCGAUGGGAAUCCGGCAUUUAAUUAUCUUCCUCAUGUUCCUGGGGACCACCGUGUCUUAUGCCACGAGGGUGAGCAUGAGCGUUGGCAUUGUGGCCAUGACCUCCAACAACGGCUACGAUUAUCCGGUGUUCGACUGGGACCGCAGCACCCAAGACACGAUUCUCUCUUCGUUUUUCUGGGGCUACGUGCUGCUGCAAGUCCCAGCGGGCAUGCUGGCCGGACGCUUCGGAGGAAAGUUCCUGAUCUUCGCAGCCAUGGCGUGCACCGGGGUCGUCAACCUUGUUAUGCCUUUAGCCGCAGUUAAGGGCGACUGGAUAGCGGUGUGCGCGUGUCGCAUCGUGAUGGGCUUGACGCAGGGCCUGCUGUACCCGAGUCUGCACGGCAUCCUGGGACGCUGGGCACCGACCAACGAGAGAGGAAGACUUGGAACUUUUGUCUAUGCUGGUGCUCAACUCGGCACAAUCAUCGAGCUGAUGACAUCCGGAAUGCUAUCAGCCAGUUCUUGGGGCUGGCCUUCUGUCUUCUACGUAGCUGGAGUGACCUGUCUAAUUUGGUCUCUUCUGUGGCUUGUACUUGGGGCUUCAACUCCUGGCACUAGUAAAUGGAUUUCAAAAGAGGAGAGGAAAUAUAUUGAGAGCAAUGUUGGAUCUGAUGAAUUGGGACACUCGAAAAUGCCAACACCCUGGUCCAGUAUUUUCUCUUCCUUGCCGUUCUACGCGAUCCUGCUGGCUCACUGUGGACAAAACCUUGGUUUUUGGACCUUGCUGACUGAGCUACCUUCAUAUAUGAAGAAUGUUUUACAUGUCGAUAUUAAAGAUAAUGGCAAACUCUCGGCUCUGCCUUACGUCGCCAUGUACGUCCUAAGUUUCGUCUUCAGUUGGAUAGCGGACUUCCUCGUCAACAGGAACUUGAUCAGUCUGGUUUCUUCUAGAAAGAUAUUCAACACUAUCGCGCACUGGGGGCCCGCGGUCGCUCUGCUCGGCCUCUCGUAUCUUCCAGCAGGAAAUCUAACCCUGGCGGUCAUCAUUCUGACCCUGACUGUGGGACUUAACGGUGCUCAUUAUGUUGGUUUCAUGUUGUCACACAUCGACUUAUCCCCGAACCAUGCCAGCACGCUGAUGGGAAUCACCAAUGGCGUCAGCGCCAUCUUCUCCAUCAUGGCGCCACUCAGCGUCUCCAUCGUUGUAACUGAUCAGACCGAAGCAUCUGAAUGGAGGAAGGUUUUCUUCAUCUCAAUAGCCUUCUACUUCCUGAGUAACCUGUUCUAUUUGCUGUUCAUCUCUGGAGAUGUUCAAGACUGGAAUGAACCUAAGACUGAUGGUGCAAUUGAAGAUGGAAGUAAAAAAGAGAAGAAGCCAGAAAACAACGCCGCGUAUUACAGAAGGAAGAGCUUGGGAGAAAACAUUUUCUAAAAUGCUCUUGAAAUUUAUCUUGUAAGCUAGUCGUAAAUAUUUAUGUAAGCUUUAAUAAAAGUUGAGGCCCUUAUUUCAGAA